AAAAAUAUGAUGUCAUUAUUUUCUACCGAUGAUAUAUUAUCAUCUAAUCUGAAAAUGGAGCUGUUAGGCUUCUGCAUUGCAGCCGAGACACGACAGCCUCCAAGUAUUGCAGAGUUUGCAGCAAUAUAUUUCACACACAUGCUAAAGUUCAAAGCAGCAAAUCCUCAUCUUAGUGCAUCUGAAGUCAUCACAGAAUUCCAUCAAAAGAUAGUAAAUAAUCUGCCAACAUCCUCACCAGAGAUGAAAUCAGUCGCAUUGCAAACAUCAUUAGAUGAAGUGUCUGAUGAGUUGUUUAGUUCAAAACAAGCAGUAGUGGAUUCUUCAUUGCCAUGGAAAACCGAAGCAUCUGCAUUAGUACUGAAGCCAUCCUUGACAGAACCAGAGGCAAAACUGCCCAUAAAGCUUCAGUCCCAAGCAUUCUUACACACGGAUGAAGUACCAUGCAUUCUUGGCACAGAUGAUACCCUCCCUUACCAAAUGCCUCUAAGAUCAAGAUCUUCAAUUUCACUCAGAUGUAGGUCUUCCCCAAAUGUACCUGAAAUGUUGACAUACUCGUACCAUGACACAACAACUUCCAGAUCUGAUCCUGUCACAAUGUUAGAAAGAGGUAUUACUGUGGAUGGUAGCUCUAAAUCAGAGCCCAGUCCAUACUUGCAGCCCUCUUUUGAAAGUUCAAAACAAGCCAUUCUGGACUCACCAUUUCCUCAGAAAACUGAACCAUCUGCAUUAACACUGAAUAGAACUAUGGUAGAACCAGAAGAACAGUUAAAGAUUUACUAUCCAGCACCAUCAGACAUUCUUGAAGUUCCACAUGAAGAUGUUCCCAGCACUAGAGAUGCUGUUUCCGGGUCUUCAGUGGUAUUGUCAAUAGCUCCUGCUGCAGUACCAUCGCUUGCUUAUAAUGUUCAGGAGACUGAGAUAGAGGUUUCUCCUAUGGAAAUAGAAGUUCCACUUGCUGAAUGUAGAUGUGAACAACAGGAAGUUCGAUAUGAGCAACAUGAAGUUUCUCCAGAAAGAUAUUCUGCUUACAGAAUGAAGUUGAGCUUAAAAGAAGCAGUACUAGAAUCUCCACUGCAUCCCCAAACUGAACAGCCUGUAUUAAUAACAAAGGCACCCAGGGCAGAACCAGAGGCAGAACUACCCAUACAAAUUCAGUCCCAAGUAUUGUUAGAUACUUCUGAUAUACCAAGCAUUGCUAGCACCAGUGAGAAUGUGUCAUGCCAUAUACCUGUAAGAUCAAGAUAUUCAGUUCCACAUGAAUACAGCUCUGAAUCAUUUAGACCUGAAACCCUGACUUUCUCUUAUUCUGAUGCAGCAACUACCAGAUCUAGUUCUGUCAAGAUUUCAGAAAUUUGUUUGGAUGGUAGUUCUAGGUCAGUGCCCACUGUGGCUACAUCAUAUGACCAUUUCCUUUCUGUACAUUCUCUGGAUACAACAAACCCACCCCUGCCUCCCUCUGAGGCAAGUUCAAAAGAAAUAGUAGUUGACUCUCAACUGCCACAGAAACCAGCUAUAACACAACCAGAAGCAGAACCGUUCAUAAAGAUUUACUAUCAAGCACUGGCUGAAGCUUCACUUGAUGAAGCCAUUCCCAGAGACAGACAUGAUCUUUCAAGUUCUUCAAUGGUAGAAUCAGGUGCUCCUGCAGCAGGACCAUCAUUUCUUCAUAAUAUUCAGGAGACUGGGGUAGAUUCUCCAGAAAGCUAUUCUGCUUCAGGUUUAAAACAAGCAGUACUAGAGUCUCUGCUAUGUCAGAUAACUAAACAGUCUGCACGAUCAAGAUCUUCGGAUCAACAUGAAUAUAGUUCUGCCCCACUUAGACCUGAAACUCUGACAGACGCAGUGACUUUCAGAUCUGGUUCUGUGAAAAUGUCAGAAAUUAGUUUGGAUAAUAGCUCUAUGUCAGUCCCCAGUGUUACUACAUCAAAUGGCUAUCUCCCUUCUGCACAUUCUCUGCAUGCAGUAAAGCCAUCUCUGCCUCUCUCAGAAGAAAAUACAAAACAAACAGUACUGGACUCUUCAUUUCCUCAGAUAACUGAACAAUUAGCACUGAGAUCAACUACAGCAGAACCAGGAGCAGAACCUUUCAUAAAGAUUUAUUAUCAAGCACCAUCAAACGAUUUUGAAGUUCCACUUACUUCUCAGCCAGCUCAGAUUGCAGAAUAUAUUAUGCCAACAGAAGAACCUGUUGUCAUAGUUCCUGUAGAAGACAGACAUAUUUCCUCUCCUAUGGCAUUAGAACAAAUGCCACAACCAGAAGAAACUGCAGAAUAUGGCAUGCCAACAGAAGAACCUACCAUCACAUUUUUUCUAGAAGCCAGCCCAACAUCCCCUCCUAUGCCAUUAGAACAGGUGCUACAGCAAGAACAUAUUGCUGGAUAUGGUAUGCCAAGAGAAGAACUUAUCACCACAGUUUUUGUAGAAGACACACCUCUUUCCUCUCCUGUGGCAUUAGAAAGUAUGUCACAGCCAGAACAAACUGCAGAAUAUGGUAUCCCAACAGAAGAACCUGUUAUCCCAGUUUUUGUAGAAGACAUCCCAACUUCUCAUCCUGUGCAAUUAGAACAGGUGCAACAGCCAGAACAGAUUGCUGAAUAUGUUAUGCUAAAAGAAAAAUCUAUCCUUAAAGUUUCUGUAGAAGGGAGCACUCCUUCAGCUCCUGUUGCCUUACAAGGCCAAGAGCCUACAAACCAAGUAUCUGUGACAGAAUGUUUUUCUGUUCCUUCUAAGGUCAUAGAACAAACUGACCGGAAUGCUUCUUCUAAAGAAUCUGUUGCCUCUCCUCAAACAACAUUACUCCACCUUCAAAUUAAAUAUGCAGAAAGGGAACAAGAUCCCAAAUAUGAAACAUCCAGUGUGACCGAACCCUUGGUAUCUGAAAAGGAAUUGACAAUUACUGAUCACAAGCUCCUGGAAAUGGACAGAUUUGUGGAGGUAUAUCACAAGGUAGUAAUAAGGUCUCCAAAGGAACAGUUUCAGUCUCAUGAAGUAGAAAUGGAUCUGACUCUUGAAAAUGUACUUGAAUCACAAGUUGCAAAUCAGGACCAUGAUGACCAGCACUCAGUGGUUCUGAAGGUGUGCAAUGAAUCCUCUCCAGAUGAAGACAAAGACAUGGUUUCUGGGGCUGUGGAAUCAGUGGAUGUUAGCAAGUUAUCAUCAGGUGAAAUUAACGACGUACAACAAACUUCUUUUCAAAAAACAGCUACAGCUCAGAAGGCGACACUAUGUGUACAGAAAACUACACAACAUGUGAAAAAGCCAAAGAAAUGUAGACGAAAGAAAGAAAGCGCCACUCCAGUGAAACAGAAUGAAGAUGUUGAUUGUACUCCCUUUAGUGCUAAUCUAGUCCCACAGCCUUGUUUCUCUGAUGGGAAUCCAUUAUCAAAUAAACCACAGUUUGGUGUGGCAGCAGAGGUGACACCUAGGGAGGUUACUCCAGGUUUCAUGCUACCUGCAGUCAAGACAGACGUAGGUAUGAUAAAUAUUUCCAGACCUCCUUUGGCAGCAGAGGUGACAUCUAGGGCCAUUUAUCCAGAUCUCAAACUACCAAACAUCAGUGCAUGCCAGGAUACUCCAACAGUUAUUCCAGUAGAGCAGAUACCAGCAUUCCAUAGUUGUGUUGAUGUUUGUCCAGAAGAAACUUCUCCAAAAACACCAUGCACUUCAAGAACUCAUUCUGAUUCACAAAGAAAACAUGAUGGUCAAAUGUAUAACUACCACUGUGUAGAACAUAUAGGUAGGGAAUCCAGUUCUUCAUACAUUCCUAUGGAUGUGCCAGUACAACAAAUGUCAGCAUCUACUGGUUAUGCUGCUAGUGUUUCUCCAGAAAGAACUUCUCCAGUAACAUUAUAUGCUUCUAGAUCUCCACCCAGUCCUUCAAGUGAACAUGGUGGUCGAGUGCAUAACUGUCAUCAUGCAGAGGAUGUAGGUAGAGAAUGUAGUCCUUCAUACAUUCCUGUAGAUAUUGCAGUACAACAGGUACCAGCGUUCUGUGACCACACAGGUGUCUCUUCAGUAAAAACUACUAAGAAUGCACCAUGCACUCCCAGACCUCCUUCUGGUCCUCCACGAAGAACACAUGGUGGUCGAAUGCAUAACCACCAUCAUGUUUACAGAGAAUCUGGUUCUUCAUACAUUCCUAUAGCUAUUCCAGUACAACAGAUGUCAACAUUCCCCAGUUGUGCUUGUGCUUCUCCAGAGGAAACUUCUCCAGAAACAUUGUACACUCCCAGAUCUCCUCCUGCUUCACCAAGAAAUCAUGGCAAUCAAAUGCAUACUUACCAUCACAUAGCGCACGUAGGUAGGAAAUCCAGUUCUUAUUACAUUCCUACGGCUGUUACAGAACAACAAAUGUCGGCAUUCUCAGGUCAUGAUGCUGUUUCUCCAGAAAAAACUACUCUAACAUCAUAUGCUCCCAGACCUCCUUCUGGUCCUCCAAGACAACAUGGUGGUAGGGUACGUAACUGCCAUCAUACGGAUAGAGAUCCCAGUCCUUCAUAUAUUCCUACAACUGUCCCAGCAAAACAGGUGCCAACAUUCCCUUGUCAUUCUGGUUCCAGACCUCCAGCUCCUCGUCCUACAAGAAACAAUGGUGGUCGAAUAUUUGAUUGUCAUCAUGCAGAGGGUACAGAAAGAACAUCUGUUCAUUCAUACAUUCCUGCAGCUGUUCCAGUACAACAAAUGAACAUACACAAGUGGGCACCUACAAUUGCUUAUGUUCCUUUAGGUGAAAUCAUGUCCAACUGUAUACCUUUUUCACCUCAGUUUGACUGCCCAGGUACUGGGAUGCAAUAAUUUACUGGAAGGAGGAAAAAA